AUGGAUUCAGGAGAUCAGAACCUUACCCAUGACGAGAUCUGGGACGAUAGAGCGUUGGUAAACUCGUGGAACGACGCUUUGGAGGAAUACAAGAAAUAUCAUAGCAUUCAUUCGAAAGGCGGCAAUGUCGACGACCUUGUCAACCCUGAAAAGACCGCAACUUCGGAUGCCAAGGACGGAAAUGAAGACUCUGAGUUGCCAAGCUCUCGUGAUGCGGUAGAUUGUCCAGAUGUAGGCAGUGCAAACGGUAAGGUCGGAAAGGACAAUUACGACGGUGAUAAGGUCGGAAAUCCAGAUACCCAGCACAGCCUCCCCGCUGAGCGGGCUGCUUGUAUCCCGGCACCGUUGCUCGGCUCAGUGCGUGAUGAGGGCCUCAAGAAGCUCUUGAUGUCUUGGUACUAUGCUGGAUACUACACUGGUCUUUACGAAGGCCAAAGGGAGCAUCAGCAAUAG